CCCAUUGCUAUUCAGACCACAUCGGAAGAGCAGUUCAACAAGAAGUCUGCUAGGUCACAUUUCAACAUAAUGGAGGACCUCUUUUUAAUCAAGAAGUGCCACAAAGAGUCUCUUCAGUCUCUUAUCCAUUGUGUUGAUGAGUCUAUGCACAUCUUAAAGAACCUCCGGGACGCUGGCUCCAAUCUCAAGAAGCAGGAGAAGGAGCUGACCUAUAUGAUGUUCUUGUGGUCUCUCACAUCUAAAUUUGACUCUUUUGACUCUUUCCUCAGUCUUAUGGAUGUCCUGUCUCACUCCAAACUAGAAGACACAUUCAGGCACGAGGAUUUAAACCAUGUGCGUCACUCUGGUUCUAUAGACUCAGCUCAGGCCCUUAUAGCAUCUUUUCCCUUAUCCCUCUCCUCUGCCUCCACCUCCUACAGACAUUCCAGGCCACCUAAGAAGCAGUAUAAGUGCAAUUUCUGUAUUGCCACUGGCUAUACUGAUGAUAGAUGUUUCAAUGAGGAACUAAAGAAGUCUAAGCCACACCAGGCCCACUCGGUUCAGGCCCUGAAGUCUCUGGUUCCAUCCAGUUUAGAUGGAUGGAUGACUCACUUGGCAGAUAGCAGGGUUAGCAUGGAGAGUUCUAAUAAAGAUUGCUUUGGAAGUGGUUCCUGGGAGAAUUAA